AUGCGAUCCUCGUCUUCCAUCACUAGCAAGCCUGCAACAGCCUCUUCCACAAAGAUCCGCACUGCAACGACCAGUGCUGGUCAGCGUCGGGCAAACAUCUUGGGCCUAAGUAGUACCACUUCAGCUGGUGGGGUGGCUGGAAGCUCAGGCGUAAGCAGUGGUCGGCCUGUCUUGACACGAUACUCCUCCAGUACAAACAGUGGCGUGUCUGCUUCAUCUCCUCGACGUCCAUCUGGCUCACAAGCCACAGGUUCCACUUCACUUAGUCGCUCAUCGUCGGGACCAUCCAGCAGCUCAGGCCACAAGCACAGUGGCACAGUCUCCACAUCCAUCAAUACCAGCUCCAUGCGUCAUAGCUUCGAGUCAUCUCUUAGAUCUUACAGUGCCUCUUCAUCAUCUUCCACUUCUUCAGCCACAACAGACACAGCUUCUGCCUUCGUAAGGGUGGAUCUUCUGUAA